CUAAAAUAUCCCUUCCCCUAUUCUCUCAAAUCUAUGCCCCCUUUUUUCUCCGCUCUCUAUCUUCUCCUAUCUAAUAGCUGCCAUCUAUUUCCUAUCUGGCCAAACUACGGCAUCCUCCGCCGUUCGUACAGCGCUGCGCCACCGAUCUCGCCGUUUCCUUGCAACCCACGCAUCCUUCCGUCCGUUCCACCGUUCUAUGCGCUCGACACUGCCUCCUCUUCUAAACCCUUUUUUAUCCUAUCUGUUUCCAAUUCUACCCUUGAGUUUCAUCGAUUUUACGAUUUUGGUUUUUUCUAAUUUUUUAUUUCUGUGCCGUAUUUUAAAACUGUUUCCAAACUCUGUGCUGACGUGGCGGGAGAUGUCAAGCCACGUCCAUCCGAUCUCGAGGAAGCGCAAGGAAAGAGAUCUGACGGCGGCAGUGACGGCGGCUAAAGUCGAACCGCCGGCCGGAUCGUCAUCGUCGGCAGGGAAUCAGCUGCUCGCCGGCUACCUAGCGCACGAGUUCCUCACCAAGGGUACGCUGUUCGGAAAGCAGUGGCCCCCGGAGCGGCCCGAGCCGACUGGUGGUUCGGCAACAUCGGCCCAACCCGGUCCGGUCGAGGAGGACCGGGCCCGCUCAACUGGCACGGCGAAGGCAUAUGAUGAGGUGGCGUACCUGCUUAAGAUGGAUGGAGUCCACAUUCCCGGCGUCGUCAACCCAACCCAGUUGGGGCGCUGGCUCCAGAAGUGAAUUGUUCUCGCGCGACAGCGUACCGCCUUAUGUUUUACACAUGGCGGUAUUUCAUUCGCUGUAGGAUGUCUCUCUAUCGCUGCAAACGGCGUGCAUGGUUCUUCCAGGACUAGAGGUGGUGAGUGAGGAUGAUCGCUGGAAGAUAAAUGCUUGCUUAAAAUGGAAAAAAAAUAAUUGAAGAAAAGUAGAUUUUUCUAUCACCAUAAUUCUCUUUUUCUCUUUAAUGGAUUUUAGUUCUUAAACCUUUUUAAUUUGCUUUUCUUUCUGAUUAGAAUGGAAGUAAUAGCAGAGCUGGAUUAUUGCUACUGAUAUCUCGGCUCCAUGAGCAGAGAAAGAGUAAUCGCCUGAUGUUUACUGCGUUCUCUCUUAGUUCUUAUAUAAUGCAUUUUCGUUAAAAGUAGAUGUUUUUUCAUAGUUAUUAUUAUCACUUACUGAUAUUUUAUUUCUGGAAACAAUAGUUCGCUGGCUCUGAAUCAAGCAUUAUGAUAUAUGUUUUGCUCA